UUCAGUCGUCGUCUCGUCGAUCGGCGAUGAUAUCCAAUUCAACAUUUCAGUUUAGACAAGUCUCGACGUUGCUGUUUCACCUCCCCACCAGGCUCCAUUCUCCACGCGUUGCGGCCUGCGGAGGGUGGACUUUUAUUCUCUCCGAGCGCGCUCGUGGAAGUACACUGGAAAACAGUGUCGGUGUGUGACCAUUACGACAGUCAUUCUCCAAUUUUUAUUAUUAUUUGGUCAAUUGUUGCUUCAACCAAAAAAAUAAAAAAGCAAAAAGAAAAAUUACACGAGCUCGCUUCGUUGCCGGCGGAAACCAACGGUCACAUUGUGUAUCACAUCAUAUUACCGUUAAAAUACGAACCAUUCCGCCACGGACUUUGUUACGCUCUUCUCCAAUCCACCCUAUUCCUUGCUCUACUUACUGAAUUCGGUUGGCUUUUCCUUUUAUUUCUUUUUUGUGUAAUCAAAAUUUGGGUUCCCAGCGUGAAUUUCAAGGAUGAGCUUCGAAUUCAUGAUCGAUUAUGUUACAACACCAUGGUAAGUGCAAUUUCUACAUCGAUAAACCCCAAAACCAAGGGAGGUCCUGCUCCUCCAUCUCACAACCCAAAGAGGACUCCUCUCUUGCCCUCUGAACCCGACAAUGCACUUACUCCUCGCAGACCCAAACUUCAACAGGUUACGUCUCGUUAUAUGUCUUCCCCCUCAUCCACUACUUCCUCAUCAAGUUUGAGACGAUGGCAAUCACCCCUUCAGUCCACCACCAUGAAUUCAGCAUCUAUGGGGACACCAACGCAGUCGCCAUCACUGACCAAGCGCUCGCUCUCAGUAAACCGGAGUCGACCAGCCAAUCCUCGACUUAAACCUUCCUGCAUGGGAGCUGGAAAUGGUGUUGGCGCUGGUACGCCGACGGCUCAGAAGAUGCUUUUCACUUCAACCAGGAGUUUAUCGGUUUCGUUUCAGGGUGAGUCAUUCUCAAUCCAGGUUAGCAAGGAGAAACCAGCACCUUCGCCAAAUUUUAGGAAAAUUACACCAGAGAGGAGUAAGGCCACAACUCCCGGCAGAGGAAGGAGCGGAAGUUCCAGCCAGAGUGAGCAUUCAAGGUCAUCGGAUCAGCAGCGAUGGCCGGGAACAAUGCGGCCCUUGAAUUGUUUGGCUAGAAGUGUGGAUUGCACGGACGACACGAAAAAAUUAGGAGGAUCCAGGGACGUGGUUAAAUCACUGCAAAAUUUGAUGGUAGGUGUUCAAAUUUCUUUCGAUGGGACGAUGAGUUCGGAAGGGGACAGCGGAGAAGCCAAGAAGAUUGCUGAGGUCGUUCUUGAAAGGAAGAAAGCUGAUGGAUCUGAGUUCAUUCCUUCUGAUAACGAAAGUGUGUCUUCUGGUAGUUCUUGCUGCGGAGGGGAACAAGGGAAACGAGGUUCCCGUGGAAUUGUGGCACCAGAAAGAUUCUGGCAAGAGGCUAACAAUCGGUUGCGGCAACAGAUAGACCCUGCAUCUCCAUCGUCAAGGAAUUCUGGAAAUAAACUAAUAGUUCCGCCUAAGCAUCUCCAUCCAAAAGAUUCAUGUGUUGAUAGUCCCAUGACAUCUCCCGGAAAAAUCAUAAAUAGCAGGGGGCAAGUAUCUCUUCUUCGUGCGGCGGUUCGUUCUGCUUCACCAAGUAAGCUCGCCACGCCAUCCAUAUCGUCCCCCUGGAGAGGGAUGAGCCCAUCUCGAGUAAGAAAUGGAGUGGCAGGAGGCCUGAACGAUAGGCUGGGCAAUGUGCCUUCUAUUUUGAGUUUUGUUGUUGACGUACGAAGAGGAAAGAUAGGGGAGAGCCGUAUUGUUGACGCUCAUUUACUGAGACUCCUCUAUAACAAACUCUUGCAAUGGCGAUUUGUAAAUGCCAUGGCAGAUGCCACCCUCUCUGUUCAGAGAUUGAAUGCAGAGAAAAGCCUCUGUAAUGCAUGGGUAGCUACCUCUAAGCUACGAGAAUCUGUUAGAGCCAAGAGAACAGAGUUAAUAUUGCUGAAGCAACAUAUCAAGCUAAUUUCCAUCCUCAAGGAGCAGAUGAUAUAUUUGGAAGAUUGGGCUCUUUUGGAUCGGGGAUACUCUAGUUCACUCUCAGGGGCUAUUGAGGCCUUAAAGGCUAGCACUCUCCGCCUUCCCGUUGUUGGUGGGGCCAAGGCAGAUGUGAUGAAUGUGAAGGAAGCCAUUUGUUCCGCAAUGGAUGUGAUGCAGGCAAUGGCGUCGUCUAUAUGUUUGUUGUCACCAAAGGUUGGCCAUGUAAACUCGCUAUUGUUUGAAGCAGCUAAUUUGAGUGCAAAAGAGCUUGCUUUGCUGGAGGAGUGUAAAAAUCUCUUGUCAGUUGUUGCAGCUCUGCAGGUUUCAGAGCGGAGCUUGAAAACACAUAUUUUACAGUUGAAAUGCUUGCCUAACCCAGAAGCCAAACAGUGAAGUAACAAGCAAAUAGUAUCUGUAUUUGCUUCACCAUCCUUCCGCUGUCGUCGAAACAGAAGAGUGGCUGGUUGCAUCUAAAAGUAUAGUGUAUAUUUAGUUAAAUCUAACGCGUGAUCCAUUUCGUGAUGUAUUUCAUAUGUACAGUCGAUCUGAAGAUUGAGGAGUGGAUGCUGUCGUUCUCAAAAUUCAAGUUCUGAAGAUUGAGGAGUGGAUGUGUGUGUGUAACGUUUUAGUUAUUUUUUUUUUUAUCACAGUUUUUUUUUUUUUUUGGCCUGAAACAUUGUUAUUGGUUUGCUAUGAUGAUCCCUUGUAUCUUAUGAAAAUGACUUCGAGAU